AUGGGAAGUUCAUCUUUGCCUCCAGGCUUUAGAUUCCAUCCAACCGAUGAUGAGCUCAUAAGCUACUACUUGAGUAGAAAAGUAGAAGGCCUUGAGAUUGAGCUCGAAGUCAUUCCUGUUAUCGAGUUAUACAAAUUUGAUCCUUGGGACUUACCAGAUAAAUCUUUUCUUCCCAAUAGGGAUUUGGAAUGGUUCUUUUUCUGUCCAAGAGACAAAAAAUAUCCAAAUGGUUCUCGAACCAAUAGGGCUACAAAGGCUGGUUAUUGGAAAGCAACCGGUAAAGACCGGAAAAUCACGUGUAAAUCAUCGCGUGUUAUAAUUGGAUACCGUAAGACCAUAGUUUUCUAUGAAGGCCGUGCCCCAUUAGGAGACCGAACUAAUUGGUUUAUGCAUGAAUAUCGCCUAUGCGAUGAUGAUCUUUCACAAAAAUCACCAAAUUACAAGGGAGCUUUUGCGUUAUGUCGAGUAAUUAAGAAGAACGAACUCAAGACCAAUUCAAAAAGUUUAAAAAAUAAAAACGAACAAGACAUUGGUUCUGGUUACUCUAGCCUUGCAACCUCUCCAUGUCGCGAUGAAACAUCGCAAUUUCAAUCCUUCAAGCCUUCAUCUACUACAAACGACUCUUCUAGCAUUUGGAUUUCUCCUGAUUUGAUCCUUGAUUCAUCAAAGGAUUAUCCUCAGAUUCAGGACGUUGCUUCCGAGUACUUUCCAAACUCCAAUUUUCCGGUAACCACGGCAAACCACCACGUGGAAUUUCCGGCGAGCUCUUCAUAUUUUAACGUGGACCAGUACAUUGAUCAAUCGAUGCAAACCGGUUAUUGGCCAGAUUAUGAAUAUGACCAAACCGGUUCAUUUGAUUACCCAAACUCUUUUUAG